AUGGUAAAUUUAAAAUUUUAUGCAUGCGGCAUCCUGAUCGUGGCAGCUCUUCUUUUCAUUUCAUCCGUUCAAACCGACGCCAAGAUUGCUCUGAAUCCAGAAUCCUUGAUAGUAGCCGGUAUGGCUGAGGUAAUUAGUGAUAAUGAUGGCUUCCCUGGCUCGAGCACUGUCGCGAACCCACGUGGAAUGUGUUUAUUCAGUAAUUCUACAACUGAGGACAUGCUGAUAAUCGCAACAGUGAAUAGAUUUCGAGUGCUUAAUCAUACUAACUAUUUGGGAACUUGGUUCGGUAAGGACCCCGCGCCAGGCACCGAAAACAACGAUGGGCCCAUCAGUGAGGUGUACCUCUCAAAUCCAAAAGGCUGCACCCGCCUCAUCCACUCCACAUCACCCGAAAAAAAGACCACAUAUUAUGUAACCGGUGACCAAUAUGUUCGAUGGGUAGACAAUGACGUCGUGUACUCGAAACUAUUGGAAGGCGCGAUCAGUCUGGAAGGAAUUGCUAUAUAUGGUUCCAAUUUGUUUGUAAUUGAGUUGACCAAAAAUUGGAUGUUUCGAUGUGAUAUCCGCUCCGAGAAACUGCCUCCUGGAGACUGCACUAAACUCGGCCUCGAAGGCUUACCUCUAGACCGUCCUUCAGGACGAAGCAUCGCAGUCACCAAUGAUGGUAUCUUUGUUUCCUUCAAUAAAGGGCUGAAUUGGUAUGAUAAUGAAGGCAAAUUACUUAAUUCAAACACUGAACUUCCCAUACGUGGCGUGGCCCAUGAUCCGUACUCAAACACAUUGUGGGUCGCCACGUCGUCAGCUGUGCACAACAUGAGUGUCGCCCCCUUGGAAAAACGCAUGCAUUUUGACCUCUUUGCAGGUAAAGAAGAUGAAUCGUGCGUCGUUACUGACAACAAGGAUGGCGUCAAACCAACAUUUUGUCUCAUCGAUCAUUUGUAUGCCAAAAGCCCAGAUGAAAUAUAUCUGUCCUUUUCUUCAGUCAAUAUCGUACGCGCUGUGGUGCUUCCACCAAAGGUUGUCGAGAUUAUCUUUGAAGGGAAACCUUUCCCAAUUAACAUGACAGGCGCCGAAGCGGACCUCAACAAACUAUACGAUUUAUUGGAUAACUCCCUCAAUAGCAAACUCAAAACCUCUGGCACUCACGUGAACCGCACCGAUUGUAACGUCUUAAACAAUUGGACAACUAAGCUAAACUUGAUUAUUAAACAGCGCGAAUUUGAUGACGAAAGGACUGAAUCUGAAAUACGAAAAAUGUCCUUCCCAGAGCUGAUAAGUGCACUUGAUGCUUACUAUAAUAAUACUGAUCAGGUGGUUUACUGUGAUGUUACCCUUCUCCCAGUGUGCAACACUUCCAUCAUGGACACUAUCGAGCAUGCCAUCACCAAUCAUACUAGGAAGCUCUUGAAGUAUAAUCUCAUCUAUGCUGAUCUAUUUCAGACAGUUCCUAUGAAUGAUACUAGAAAUAUCACCUUUGUAAAACUUUUAAUGCCAGCUUCUUUUGAAAAUCAAACGACUCGGGAUCUCUUUUCCAAUGCACAGUUUCCCGAACUUCUAUUGAAAGUCAUGCAAGACACCUACCCCUCGGACCACAAGUAUACUGUGAAGCUUCCGAUGGAAAUCUACAACUUCGAAAAGCUCUCACCGUAUCUGGAACAGCAAGCACGUCUGAAGAUUCUGAACAUCACCGAGGCUCGAUUGCGUCAAUGUGAAUCCCAAACCACCCGCGUCAAUGGCAAUGCCCCUUCCUUCAGCUCGCCGCAAUUUUCCUGCGUGCCGAGAGUUAGCAUUUCAAACCGCACUCUUGUUCCUAAGGUCGAUUAUCCUUCUGGUAUCAAUGAAUUCGAAACCUUUAUUCCAGAAUCUCGUUCUUAUAGUUUCAGCAUUAUCAAGUGUCUCGAUGAAACCAAUUGGGAUGAACUAAGGUUUUGGAUCGACAAUACGACUAUUGUCAAGCAACACAGUCAGUGUGGCACGGGAUGCAUUGUAGGAAUUGCAGUGGGGGUGGCCGUUUUUGUCGCCAUAAUAAUAAUCCUUGUGGUGGUGCUAGUCUCAAAGCGCAGGCGUCUGGCCACGGUGUUGGUGCCUAAGACCUCAAAUGUUCUGAACAAAAAAGUCUUUAUCGAAGAACUGCGCUAA